AUGGUCAAAGUCAUUGCAACCAGCUACCCGGGCGAUGGCCACAGUUACCCUCUGGCCGUCGUCUUGGGCUUCUUCAGCUUGCUCGUGGUUCUUCUCAACCUACCGCCGCUCGUUCAACACUACCGCAAUCGCAAUAUCGGUGCGACAGCGCUCGUGGCAGGUGUCAUUCUCGCCAACUUCCAGAAUUUACUCAAUGCCAUCAUCUGGCCGAACGACGACUACGACAAUUGGUUCAAUGGCGCCGGACUUUGCGACAUCGAGGUCAAGCUUCAGAUGUUCCGACAAGUUCUCUUCCCGGCUUCGGUCGCCUGCAUCUUGCGAGCACUGGCGAAUGUCAUGAAUACCGAUCGAGCUGCCUGGAUAUCUACGACGGCACAGAAGAAGCGUCAGCUUGUCAUCGACCUCCUCUGCGUGGUCGGCGCACCUUCGUUGCAAAUGAUACUCCACAUCAUCGUACAGCCUCUUCGAUACUAUCUCUACGGUAUCAUCGGGUGCCAAGCUGUCACCGAUGGCAGCUGGCUUGCGUUCCUCCUGCUUCUGCUCCCUCCGCUGCUGUGGACUGUAGUAGACGCGUACUAUGCGAGUGAGUCAUACAACCCACUGCCUACUUCCUUCAAGUGACUGACAAUUCCGUAGUACUCAUCGUCGUCCGCCUCAUCCGAUACCGCCUCACCUUCAACACUAUCCUCGCAAACAGCAGUACCAAUAAAUCUCGCUUUGUCCGCCUCUACCUGCUCGCUACGGUCUGGGUCCUUGGAACGCUUCCGGUUGAGGCAUUCACACUUUACAUGAACGACAUUGGCCACCUCCUCCCCUUUCAAUGGUCUAUGACACAUCCGUCUUUCGAACUCUGGAACACCGCCAUGUACGUGCCCAGCCACGGCAAGAUUGUUUUCGCAGACCGCAUCAUCUACGUCGCCGGCGGCUUCGUCAUCUUCCUUCUUUUCGGCUGGGGCAAAGAUGCCGUGAAAUUGUACCGCGACGCUCUACUGGCUCUCGGCUUCGGCAAGAUCUUUCCAUCUCUCAGACCAGACUAUGAGCGACAUGGAUCUUUCGCGGCUACUGUGAGCACCAUCAGCAGCAAGGCGAAGAUGAUGUUCCACAAGAACAAGAAGGAAUCAUGGAGUCCGACUUCCACGAACUUCUCGGCGACGGAGAGCAUGGGUACUGCUAGUACACCUUCGCCGAAGCAGAUGGCCUUCUUGGAUAGCAUUCGCGAAAAUCGUCGGGAAGAUCAUCAGCUUGACAGCACGGCGGCAUCCGCUGGAAAGGAGACGAAGCCUUCAUGUCCUUUUUGCCGCUUCACCCCACUUUUCCGUGGCAAGAAGAAAACCCAGCAACACGACAAUUAUCACCAUGGUGAGGAUAGCCCAUUCGCUCUGGGAACUCUAUCGACUUCGCCGAGUAAUCUCAACACGACGGUCUCGGCUGAGCCGAUUUCUCUUACUUCGAACCAUGCGCGCUCCAAGAGCGAUGUCGUGGUGAGGACGGAGGUGAGGCAGGCUAGUGAGACGGCGGACACUAUUGCUGCUGGCGUUGAGGCGGCGAGGAUCUAUGAGGGCGUCUGA